AAAACCAUCUUGGCUUACAAGUUAUCUGCCCUCAACAAAGAUGGCGGCAAAGGAGGCUAGACGUUGACUUACACAUCACAGGCGUGCUCUUAGGCCUUCACCUAGCUGUCGUGAGCUGGUAAAAUCCUCUUCUUGACGGCUCCGUUGCGACAUCGGGCCUCGCUCCACGGCCAGGAAGCCGGAAGUCGCUGCCGCCGCCGUCGUCCCCACCCCGUCCCCGCCCGCCUGGAGCUGUCGGAGGUUGACAGGUCGUGGCUGGGAGGCGGCGGCGGCGGCGGCGGCACCUCCGAGCACCCAAGACGGAGGCCCCAUGGGGAACGCUCCGAGUAACAGCAGCGAAGACGAAGCGGCGGCCGCCGGGGGUGAGGGCUGGAGCCCACAUCAGGACUGGGCUGCCGACUCUGGCACGACCCCCAGCCCCGGCCCGGCGGCCGCGGUGCUGCCGUCCGCCGCUGCACUGCUGGAACCCGCCCGGCUGCGAGAGGCUGCGGCUGCGUUGCGGCCCGCACCUCCCUGCGAAUCCCUGGUGUCGAGGCACCACGGCGCGCUAUUGCGUUGGCUGGAAGAGAGGCUGGGCCGCGGUGAAGAGUCCGUCACCCUGGAGCAGUUCCGGGAGUUGCUGGAAGCUCGUGGCGCCGGCUGUUCGGGCGAGCAGUUCGAGGAGGUCAGGAUGGGCUGGCGACUGCCGGCCGCGGGCAGGGUGGUCGCCGAUAAGGUCGUGAAGAGAGGUGUGGAAAGUCCAGACUACAUGGCUUUGCACCAAAAAGAGGAACAAGCCGAAAUGUCUCUGCAUGUGUAUCUGAUGACUGACACCAGUCAGCUCUAUGUCCAGAUCAACAUAAAGCGCUGUCUCAGUGAUGGGUGCGACACUAGGAUUCACGGUCUGAGGGCUGUCGGCUUUCAGAGAGUUAAGAAGUCGGGAGUCUCAGUCUCUGAUGCCUCUGCAAUAUGGUACUGGUCUUUGCUGACAUCUCUGGUGACGGCUUCAAUGGAGACAAAUCCUGCCUUCGUCCAGACAGUGCUGCACAAUACUCAGAAGGCACUGCAGCACAUGCCACCACUGUCCCUCUCCCCAGGGUCCACAGACUUCUCAACUUUCCUGUCUCCCAAUGUUCUGGAAGAAGUGGACAGCUUCCUCGUAAGGAUAACUAGCUGCUGUUCUACUCCAGAGGUAGAACUGACUCUUCUGGCUUUUGCACUAGCAAGAGGAAGUAUUGCCAAAGUGAUGAGCUCUCUGUGUACCAUCACUGACCACUUGGACACACGCUAUGAUGCCUCAUCCCUCAUCUCAUCCAUGGCAUCUGUCAGGCAGAACCUGCUCCUGAAAUAUGGUAAACCUCUCCAGUUGACUCUUCAAGCUUGUGAUGUCAAAGGAAAAGAAGAUAAGUCAGGACCUGAAAACCUCCUUGUGGAGCCAUGGACAAGGGAUGGUUUUCUUACAGAGACUGGAAAAACCAGAGCAAGUACUAUUUUUUCUGCAGGGACCGAGUCUGCCUUCCAAGUUACACAGAUCAGAAUUAUGGUUCGCCGUGGCGGCAUCGGUGCUCAGUGCGGGCUGGUGUUUGCCUAUAACUCACCCUCUGAUAAGUUUCAUGCGGAAGAGCACUUCCAGCGGUUUGAGAAAUAUGACACAUGGAAGCUCCAGGAACUGAGGCAGUUUGUAAAAAGCAGGAUUGGUUGCUCAUCUGAUGACCUUGGAGAGGAUGAUCCCAUCGGCUGGUUUGAGCUAGAAGAAGAGUGGGAUGAAGCAGAUGUCAAGUUGCAACAGUGCAGAGUUGCCAAAUACUUGAUGGUGAAGUUCCUGUGCACCCGCCAAGAGUCAGCAGAGCGUUUGGGUGUACAAGGCUUGAGUAUCUGCGGGUACCUCCGGCCUGCAAGGGCAGAAGCUGAACAAAGUAUCCUCUGUGCCCACUGCAGAAAGGACACAGAGAAUAUCUAUGGGGCCACCCUGCUCCUCAGGACCCUGCAGUUCAUCCAGCAGCUCGCCCAUGACCUGGUGCAGCAGAAGGAAAGUGGUUUAAAAUACAAGUCUUUCCUGGACUUCACAGGUCUUGAUUUGCAGAUCUUCUGGAAUUUUUACAGUAAAUUAAAGCAAAACCCAAGGGAAGAAUGCAUUUGUGCGCAGACCCUGCUGCUGCAGCUUCUGCAGAGCUGCUUCUCAGUGCUGCAGAGUGACCCACCAGCUGCCUCUGAGGAGGAGAAGCCUGCCGCACAGUGUCCUGAGGGAAUGCAGGCUGCCAAGGAGCUCUACACACACUUAUGUGAUGUGGUAGAUAGAGCUGAUGGAGAUUCCGUGCCCAUGGAGAUCCUAAAACAAGAAGUCAGGAACACCCUUCUCAAUGGGGCUGCCAUCUUCUUUCCUGAUCGACAGACCCGGCGGGACCAGCUCUUCACCAUGAUGAAGAAUGUCACUGAGCAUGAACACAAGCAGUCUCUGCAACUCACUUUCCGUUCACUCUGCACAUAUUUUAGUGAUAAAGAUCCAGGAGGACUUCUGCUUUUACCUGAGAAAAGUGACCUGACCAACACAAACAGCAGUGAGGUCCUGGCGGUUAUGAACACCCUCCUCUCUGUUGCUGCUCGAGAGUGUGAGUUGUUGAUGCUCAGCCGGGCCCAUGGGGAGGUUGGCUCCGUGCUCUUCUCCCUGUUCUGGUCUGUGCAAGGCAGCCUGCUCUCCUGGUGCUUCCUGCAGCUCAAGAGCACAGACACUGCAGCCAAAGAGCUUGCCAUGGAUCUUAUUGAAAAAUAUGUGGGACAGUUUCUGGCAAGCAUGAGAGUGAUUUUGGAAUCCCUUUUGUCACAGUAUAGUGGAAAGACCAUAGUAGAAAAAUUAUGUAAUUCAGUGUUUUCCAUGGCAGCUCGUCAACUGGUCAUCUUCCUCCUAGACUUCUGCACUUUAGAUGUUCCCCACUGCACACUCCUGAGAGAGUUCAGCACCCUCACAGAGCUGUUGAAGAAGUUAUGCAGUGACCCUGAAGGAGGCCUGAGCAAGCUGGACGUGGAGACCUGGCAGCAGGAACAGCCUGUGGUAUUGCAUACAUGGACUAAGGAAUCCACCCACAACUAUGAAAACAACUGCCAUGAAGUGUCUGUCUUUGUUAGCCCGGGGGCAACUUAUUUUGAGGUGGAAUUUGAUGAAAGAUGUGAAACUGAAAAAAGGUAUGAUUAUCUGGAAUUUACUGACUCUAGAGGUGGGAAGACACGCUAUGACACCAAAGUUGGCACUUAUAAAUGGCCCAAGAAAGUGACCUUCAAGGAUGGUCCUCGGCUGCAGUUCCUCUUUCAUUCUGACAGCAGUAACAAUGAGUGGGGCUACAAGUUCACUGUCACUGCCUAUGGCCUGCCUGAUGUCGCUGUGUCUUGGGGUUUGGACUUGCAACUCCUUGUCUCUCGACUGAUGGGGCGUCUUGCUUCCCAGUGCAUGGCACUCAAGUCAACGCAUCAAUUAGGCAGUAACAUGGCAGUAUCACAGGCAAAACUGGCUUCAGUCCUGAAUUCUCCAUUGUGGAAACCUGUCUUCAGGCAUCAGAUUUGUCCAGAGUUAGAAUUAGCAGCAAGCUGGCCCACUCACCCACACCAGGAUGGGAAGGAGGUCAACAACAUCCCUGAUGAUCCCUGCCGCCAUUUUCUCCUUGAUUUUGCCCAAUCAGAGCCUGCUCAGAACUUCUGUGGGCCAUAUUCAGAACUUUUCAAAGGAUUCAUACAGGCAUGUAGAAAACAGGCCCCAAAGACAGAUAUAGUUGCUGGUUCCACUAUUGAUCAAGCUGUGAACGCCACCUUUGCCGCUCUGGUGUAUCGCACUCCAGAUUUAUAUGAGAAGCUGCAAAAAUAUGUAAACAGCGGGGGCAAGAUAUCCCUGAGUGAAGAGUUCUCUCAGGUGUAUUCUCUGGCAGAUGGAAUUCGAAUAUGGAUGUUAGAGAUGAAGCAGAAGUCCCUGGUGAGCCUGGGGAACGAGGCAGAAGAAAAGCGUGGUUUGGAAGCUGCAGAGGUGAACCCAGAGAGCCUGGCAAAAGAAUGUAUUCAGAAAAGUCUCUUAUUACUGAAAUUUUUGCCCACAAGCAAAAGUUCAAAAGAAAACUCUGACAACUUGGUGCCUGUUGAUGAGACUGAUCAUCUCCAGCCACUUGACAGGCGCCAGAGGACAAGCUCUGUGGUGGAAGAGCAUUUCCAGGCGUCAGCAGAAGCACCAGCCCCAACGGCAGGCGACAAGAAUCCUGCCUCAGAGACCCAGCCACAGCUGCCACCCAGCAGUGGCCUGUCCACUGCAGAAGUGUCCACAGCUGAAGAGCCCUCAUCACCAUCCACACCCACCCGGCGGCCUCCCUUCACCCGAGGACGACUCCGGCUGCUCUCUUUCAGGUCCCUGGAGGAGACCAGGCCAGUCCCCACAGUCAAGGAGAAAUACCCGGUGCUGAAGGAUGUCAUGGACUUCAUUAAAGACCAGUCACUCUCACAUGAGAGUGUUGUGAAGGUUCUUUCUUUGCGGAAAGCCCAAGCACAGAGCAUCCUUGAAGUCCUGAGGAUAAUUCAGUAUUGUACAGAAUCCCUUGGGCAGCCUCACUGCUUCCAUCCACCGUAUAUACUUUUCCUACUGGAACUUCUGACCUGCCAGAAAGAUUUUACGAAUUACUUUGGACACUUGGAAGGCUGCGGUGCUGAUCUACAUAAAGAAAUCCGAGACACCUACUACCAACUUGUUCUUUUUUUGGUCAAAGCAAUUAAAGGAUUUAAUAGCAUCAAUGACAGGUCUCUGCUCCCUGCUUUAUCCUGUGUUCAGACAGCCCUGCUUCAUCUUUUGGAUAUGGGCUGGGAACCCAGUGAUCUUGCCUUCUUUGUUGACAUUCAGUUACCAGAUCUCCUCAUGAGCAUGUCACAAGAAAAUAUCAGCAUCCAUGACAGUGUGAUCAGCCAGUGGAGUGAAGAAGAUGAGCUCGCUGAUGCCAAGCAGAACUCAGAGUGGAUGGAUGAGUGUCAGGAUGGCAUGUUUGAGGCCUGGUAUGAAAAAAUAGCUCAAGAGGAUCCAGAGAAGCAGAGGAAAAUGCACAUGUUUAUUGCUCGCUACUGUGACCUGUUAAAUGUGGACAUUUCUUGUGAUGGGUGUGAUGAGAUUGCCCCCUGGCAUCGCUACCGAUGUCUGCAAUGCAGUGACAUGGACCUCUGCAAGACUUGUUUCCUUGGUGGAGUGAAGCCUGAGGGCCAUGGAGAUGAUCAUGAAAUGGUCAACAUGGAGUUUACCUGUGACCACUGCCAGGGUUUGAUCAUAGGCCGGAGAAUGAAUUGCAAUGUAUGUGAUGACUUUGAUCUUUGCUAUGGAUGCUAUGCAGCAAAGAAAUACUCCUAUGGCCAUUUGCCAACCCACAGCAUCACAGCCCACCCAAUGGUGACCAUCAGAAUCAGUGACCGGCAGAGGCUCAUCCAGCCCUAUAUCCACAACUAUUCCUGGCUGCUCUUUGCUGCCCUGGCUCUCUAUAGUGCCCACCUGACCAGCACAGAGCAUGUGGAUGGGGAGCCGCUGGACCCCCGGGCCUGCAGCAAUGCUGCCACCCUGAGGAGCCAGUGCAUGCAGCUGGUCGGGGACUGUCUGAUGAAGGCCCACCAGGGUAAAGGUCUUAAAGCUCUAGCUCUUCUUGGUGUAUUGCCAGAUGGUGACUCUACCUCAGAAAAUCAAGCCCUGCCAGUCACAAUGUCCAUCCAGACAUCAGAGGAGCAGCUAGAGAAGAAAACAGUUCAGCUUGCUGAGGAGCCAGCAGAUGCAGGCCUGUUUGUGCCUAGCAAUGGAAAGAGAGCUGCAGAUAAAGAAGUCAGACCUUUGGAUUAUAAGCAAAGUAAAAUGGCAGCUGAAGGUCUCUCCUUAACGAAGGACCCUUCCUACCAGACCCAAACUUCAGAUGCACCUGGAAAUACUCAUGUGCCUCCAGGACCUCCAGAUGCUGAACAUCUGGAAGUGUCAUCUCAGACAGCAGUGGAGCAGAAGGCAAUUACUCCAAAUCCUGAGCAAGUGUUUGCAGAGUGUUCCCAGAAGAGGAUUUUAGGAUUGUUGGCAGCCAUGUUACCCCCGAUCAAGUCGGGUCCCACAGUACCCCUGAUAGACCUGGAGCAUGUCCUUCCACUCAUGUUUCAAGUCGUCAUCUCUAACGCAGGCCACCUGAAUGAAACCUACCACCUCACCCUGGGGCUUCUGGGCCAGUUAAUUGUCCGUCUUUUGCCAGCAGAGGUAGACACUGCAGUCAUCAAGGUCCUUUCAGCCAAACACAACCUGUUUGCUACAGCAGACAAUGGCAUUGUACCAGAUGGCUGGAAGACUACCCACCUGCUCUUCAGCCUGGGAGCUGUCUGCCUGGACAGCCGAGUGGGCUUGGACUGGGCCUGCUCCAUGGCAGAGAUCCUUCGGUCACUCAACAAUGCUCCAUUGUGGCGGGACGUCAUUGCCACCUUCACAGAUCACUGCAUCAAGCAGCUGCCUUUCCAGCUGAAGCACACCAACAUCUUUACCCUGCUGGUGCUUGUCGGCUUUCCCCAGGUCCUCUGUGUGGGAACCCGCUGUGUGUAUAUGGAUAACGCCAAUGAGCCCCAUAACGUGAUCAUCUUGAAGCACUUCACUGAGAAGAAUAGAGCUGUAAUUGUUGACGUCAAAACCAGGAAAAGGAAAACAGUGAAGGACUACCAGCUGGUCCAGAAGGGAGGAGGACAAGAGUGUGGUACCUCCCAGGCCCAGCUGAGCCAGUACUCCCAACACUUUGCCUUUAUUGCCAGUCACCUUCUGCAAACCAGCAUGGACAGCCAUUGUCCCGAGGCAGUGGAAGCAACCUGGGUCCUGUCCUUGGCCCUCAAAGGUUUAUAUAAAACACUAAAGGCUCACGGUUUCGAAGAGACCCAUGCCACCUUCCUCCAGAGCGACCUGCUGAAGCUGCUGGUGAAGAAGUGCAGCAAAGGGACCGGCUUCAGUAAGACCUGGCUUCUCCGGGACCUGGAGAUUCUGUCCAUCAUGCUGUACUCCUCAAAAAAGGAGAUCAACACUCUGACUGAACACGGAGACCUGGAGCUGGAUGAGCGAGGGGACCAAGAGGAAGAAGUGGACCGGCCAGUUAGUAGCCCUGGAGAACCAGAGCAGAAAAAACUAGACCCUCUUGAAAGCUUGGACGAACCCACCCGAAUAUGCUUCUUGAUGGCUCAUGAUGCUCUCAACGCUCCUCUGCACAUUCUCCGGGCCAUAUAUGAACUGCAGAUGAAAAAGACCGAUUCUUUCUUCCUGGAAGUUCAGAAGAGGUUUGAUGGGGAUGAGCUCACCACCGAUGAGAGGAUUCGCUCCCUGGCACAGAGGUGGCAACCCAGUCGGAGUCUGAGACUGGAGGAGCAGAGUGCCAAAGCCGUGGACACAGACAUGGUUAUCUUGCCAUGCUUGUCCCGGCCUGUGCGCUCUGACCAAGCCACUGCUGAAUCGAACCCUGUGACCCAGAAGCUGAUUUCCAGCACAGAGAGUGAACUGCAGCAGAGCUACGCCAAGCAGCGCCGGAGCAAGAGCGCUGCCCUCCUGCACAAGGAGCUGAACUGCAAGAGCAAGAGGGCUGUCCGGGACUACCUCUUUCGUGUGAACGAGGCCACAGCAGUCCUGUAUGCUCGCCAUGUGCUCGCCUCCCUGCUGGCCGAGUGGCCAGGGCACGUGCCAGUGAGUGAGGACAUCCUAGAGCUCAGCGGCCCUGCACAUAUGACCUACAUUUUGGAUAUGUUCAUGCAGCUGGAAGAAAAGCAGCAGUGGGAGAAGAUCCUGCAGAAAGUGCUCCGGGGCUGCCGAGGGGGCAUGCUGGGGACCAUGGCCCUGUCUGCCUGCCAGUUCAUGGAGGAGCCAGGGAUGGAGGUGCAAGUGAGGGAAUCAAAACACCCCUAUAACAACAACACCAGCUUUGAGGAUAAAGUUCACAUUCCUGGUGCAAUCUACCUCUCAAUCAAGUUUGACCCUCAGUGCAACACAGAAGAAGGCUGUGAUGAGUUAGCCAUGUCCAGCAGUAGUGACUUUCAGCAGGACCGGCACAACUUCAGCGGCUCCCAGCAGAAGUGGAAAGAUUUUGAGCUUCCAGGAGAUACUCUGUAUUACCGAUUUACCUCUGACAUGAGCAACACUGAGUGGGGCUACCGAUUCACUGUGACAGCCGGACACCUGGGUCGUUUCCAGACAGGGUUUGAGAUCUUGAAGCAGAUGUUGUCCGAAGAAAGGGUUGUACCUCACCUCCCAUUGGCCAAGAUUUGGGAAUGGCUGGUGGGUGUGGCCUGCCGCCAGACUGGUCAUCAGCGCCUGAAAGCCAUCCACUUACUGCUGAGGAUUGUGCGGUGCUGCACCCACAGUGACCUCUGUGACCUUGCGCUGUUGAAGCCCCUGUGGCAGCUCUUCACCCACAUGGAGUACGGACUGUGUGAGGAUGUGACACAGCCUGGCAUCCUCUUGCCCCUGCACCGCGCCCUCACUGAGCUCUUCUUUGUCACCGAGAACCGUGCCCAGGAGCUUGGCCUGCUGCAGGAGUAUCUGCUGGCCUUAACCACCGAGGACCACCUUCUCCGAUGUGCAGCACAGGCUCUGCAGAACAUCGCUGCUAUCAGCCUGGCCAUCAACUACCCAAACAAGGCCACCCGCCUCUGGAACGUGGAGUGUUAGCCUCACUGUGGCAUGCAUGGACUCAUUAAUUUGUCUACAGGGGUUUACAGCAGACCUCCAACCUUGCUCAGGAAACCCCUGCAGCGUCUGCACCCAGCUCUCUUUGAGUCCACCCUCUGCUCCCAUUUGGAUACCAAGCAGCAGCCUCAUCAAGAAGGCCCACUGUGUAGGUUCCACAUGUGCAAGAAAGCACAGUAGUGCUGAGUGGCUCAGAAAGGGCCAUCAAGAGGCCUUGGGAAAGUUACUCAGAGAAUAGAGACCAGAGAGCAGUCUCCUCCAGGGCUGCCCCAGGGAGGCACAGAACUGAAGACCUAGAAGUAGUCUCUGGAAGGAUUCUGUCUCCACUGAGUGGGAGCUGCCCUGGCUUGCCAUCAGGGAAGGCGCCGUCUAUCAGAGCCACCCUUGCAGUGAGACUUGGAGCUUGCAGCAGCAGUGGCCAGUUGGGAAACCAACCCACAACCAACAUGAGCACCUCCCAGCCAUCUCCGAUUCCCAAGCUGUCUUCAGGCCACAGGUCAGGUGGCCAACUCCCCAGUGCCCUUGGGAACAGCCGACAGGCCCUGCUUGUCACCCAUGCAACAGCUCCCAACACACACGUCUGUGUUUCUUCACUUAUUUUAGUAUGCAUUGGUUUUCUCCUCGUGUUUUUACAAGAGAACCACACUGACCCUCAGAGGGCCCCUAGGGAAUGCCUAGGGACAAAUUGGUGUGUGGAAGUGACAGAAAUGGAGGGACUCUCCUGCACCUGCAGUGCCAGCAGUGCCCUCAGAGGAGCCCUUCCUUGUUCAGGAGUCAGGACAGACCUGAUGAUACUUUGGCCCCGAGGUCAUGGUGGUCGGCAUACCUACCACCUUAGGCCUCUUGCCUGGCUAUUUAGCCAUCACCUGUCUAGCAAUAAUUACAUCAGUUCUAGUGAAUGCUUCUGCAUUUCCCAUGUAUGGCUUUAGCAUUGCCCUGAAGUGCUGAUGAUUUUCUUGAGUGGGAAGCUGGGUCAGCAUCAGGCCAAGGAUUUUCAGGAAGAAGGAAUCCUAAGGGCAGGUGUCUGGCCAGAGGCAGGUCUCACCUCACAGGCCCAGUGCAAAAACGGUUCACCACAGCCAGGGCCACACUUGGCCAGCUUGGGUUGCUAUGGCCCAGUAGGCCCCUUGGCCUCUGAAGACCCUUCUGAGAGUAGGCAAGGGACUGGAUUGGAAGAGACUGAGCCUGCAGGUCUGGAAGCAUCUUCUGCAAAGGUGCUGUGCCUUCUGGCACCACUGCCUGCCCGGCCCUUGAAUUAGGUUCUCUGGUGAACCCCAGCAUACAGGAAAAAAAACGGUCACAGAGUGGGAGGAACAGGUUGCAAAGCACAGGAACAAAGGAGUGGUGUGACCCGUGGUCCACCACCCUGACAUCAAAGGAGUCCUGGUCCAGUUCCCGUGGUGUGGGACAUGGUGCCAACCCAUAGGAACCUUUUCCUCAUCUUUUGCUCUUUGCCAAAGCACCUGGACUUUGCAAGCUGCCUAAACCCCAGAGAAGGCCCUUAUGCAUGCCACUCCCUCCAAGUAGAUCUCAGGUGAGAGACAGAACAAGUCUCAGUGCUUGGUGAAGAGGCCUCCGGUGGCUCCAUUAGGAGAGGGGGAGGAGGUGGCACUCACCCUCCACACUUGAGACUGACUCAGUAGAGGGAGCAGAUGGGCGGGCUAGGCAGGGCUGGAGGCCUCCCUUGGGACUUGACCCCAGCUCUCCUCCCACCUUCCAUCAGGAAGAGCAAUUGUAAAUAAACACUGGACCCCAUAGCUUCUCUGCGCUCACUGCUUGCUGUUUUCUUC